AUGGAGAACCAAUCGCUGGUCUUUUAUCCGGGGCAAAUCCUUGCCGGAACUGUUUUACUUCAAUUAGAAGAGCCGUGCACAGCGCGCGAGGUGACUCUCUAUUUGAGGGGAAAAGCGAAAAAUCAUUGGACGAAAACAAGAAGUUAUAGCGGAGCUAAUGGUACCCGGCACACGACCACCGAUCACUAUGAUUCGCGGAUUGUGAUUAUUGACGAGUCGAUUCGUUUGUGGGGAGAUGGGAAAAAGGAUAAGAUACCCACUGGGAAUUAUGAGUUCCCAUUUAGCUUCCGCUUACCGAUCAGUUGUCUCCCGUCUUUCGAAGGAGAAUAUGGACAUAUUCGCUAUGAAUUAAAAGUAGAAAUCGAUCGACCAUGGAGAUUCGAUGAAGAAGCCACUUGUCCCUUUACUGUGGUUACGGUAUGUGAUCUGAAUUUGUUUCCGUAUGCCAAAGAGCCAGCUUUUCAUGUGGUUUGCGAGAAGACCGGACUUCCAAUUUUUCGCAGAGGCGAUGUCGGAGUUGAGGUUUAUAUGCCAAAGCAGGGCUUUGUGCCGGGUGAAACGAUUCCAGUGAAGAUUACAAUCAGUAAUGAGAGCUCAAAGGAUAUGGAAUCGAUAGAAUUAGUGCUUCGUGAAUACGUGGAUUAUGCAGCUUUUCAUCCAGGAUCCGAUUUCCCGGUGAACGCUCUCUACACUGAAUCUGCGUGUGGAUCGUCGUUAAAAGAGCACCGAAGAGAUGUUGCCAAUGUUGAAAUGCCGGUGAAACUAGACGCUCACUCCGAGGGCUCAUUCACGGUCAACCUCGUGAUUCCUCCAAUCGUUGCCUCAUUUCAAUGCGCAAUUACCAGAGUUUAUUAUAUGUUAAAGGUUGCUGCCUCCACAGAAGCCACAUUCAACUCAAAAGUAAAACUCAAAAUGCCACUCAUGAUCGGCACGAUUCCAUUUCGAGAGGAUCCCCCACCGCCUCUCGAUUCCCCUCCCGCCUAUCCAAGCGCUCACCCCGAUCCACAACCCUUUCUUCAACCCGGUUUCAUCCGAGAUGCCCCACAGUUUGCACCACAACCAUCUAACAACAACCCUUCAGCACCGCCGGCCGAAGAGUCGACAGAAGCCACUGCUCCACCACUCAGCCCGCCAGCUGGCCCACCCCCAUCCUAUCAAGAAAGCAUCUUUGGGCCAACGGCGCCCGAAGGAGAACGACGGCCGUUUGCCCCGCGUUUCCCCUUCUAUCCGCACCUCUCGAUCGAUAGCUUGAAAAUCGAAAAA